AUGAUUGAUGAAAUUAAAGCUUUAAGUGUCUGGCAUGAGCCUCUAUUGGACAAGACGGAAGAGGAGUUGGAGGAAAUGUUGGAGACACUUGAGCAGCAGUUGAAAGCAAAACAAGAGAAUAUCCAGACGCAGCUAGCAAGGAAGAUCAACGUUCUUGAUGAGAAAUCCCAGAAGGACUGUGGAGUAUUUCAAGAAUUGGUCCACACCAAAAUUUAUCCUUACGUAGCCGGACAUCUGGUUUGCAACGAACUGCAAGAGUACAUGGACUGCUGUAUCAAAAUCGAGCUGGGAGAAAAGACGGAAGAUAUUAUAAAACUAGUUGCCACUUCCGAGCAACAGAUCAAGUGCCGAUCGUAUCAAGAGGCUUUAAUUACUAUGAAGGAAGUUUUGGCGGCCGUGACAGAAAUCAAGUCCUUGCCCGGCUUUCAAAAUUGUAUUCGGGAGUACGUGACAGCAUUGGUCGAGUCGUGUAAGCUGCUCAUUAGUCAGGACGUGAUGGCGAGUCAGCAGAAUUUCCACACUUGUGUGUCCCUGUUACAAGUCGACCGGGAGUUGGACGAGAUCAGCGGCAAAGGUGUCAACGAAGAGCAGUUCAUGGCGGUGGCUCACUCGGUCUGGUUCAAAUUGGACAAGUGGAAGACUGCGUCUCCUCCCAACGUUAAAUGGUUGGAUACGGAAGCGUGCAAUACGGGUGCGGCUAUAUACAGAUGUUGGGAGGCGUAUGUGAACUUGCAACAAGGGGCUGGGACGGAGACGGCUGGAGCAGGGGCCGAGAUGGCAGGGGCCGAGAUGGCAGGGGCCGAGAAGCCAGGGGCGGGGUCUGAGACAGUUGGGGAUGGGACCGAGAUGGCAGGGGCAGAGAAGACGGGGGCGGGGUCUGAGACGGGGGAGAGGGAAGUGACGCGUGAAGUGGGGGAGUUGUUGGUUGUGUUCGGGUUGAAGGAGUUAUUUGUUCGUUACUUUUCGUAUCGUGAUCGAAGUUUGGAGUGGACGCAGAGGGCUCGUCAGUUUGUUGUGGGGGUGAUGGGGAUGGCUGCGCCAGCGGCGUCGGGAGAUUGGAGACAGUUGGUAUUGCGUGGUGUAGCUGCGGCUUGGACGGACUGCGUCAGUCAGGAUGAGUUGUUGGCUAUGGCGCGACAUGACGGAGAGCUGGCGGCCGCCGGCGUCCGGAAACAACGGGGCGAGGUCGUCCCGGUGGGUGGUCAGGUGGUGGACGUCCUCGCUACUCGAGCCGUCGCCCUUACACAAGAAGUCAUCGACCGAGUGCUCGUCCUCCUCCCGGACCCGGUCGCCCGCGAACAAUACUUAGACGUCGUCCUCAAACAAGGCAUCGUCGAAACCACCGCAAAUGAACUUAAAACGCAAUGGAACGCAAUGACCGACGCCUUCGAACCCGUCUCCUUGUCGACUUCCAUUGUGCUGCUCAACUCCAUCGCCUACGUGUACACGGCUAUAUCCGAUUUCAAACCCAUCGUAACCGAUAAUAUGUUACAGCCUUUGCAUACAGUUUUGCAACGAGUUGUAUACCUGUUCGGCACUUCUGUCACUGACGAGAUUCGGCCGUAUGACCUUAAUUACGUGCCGGAUAGUGUACAAAACGCGAUUGACAAGUCCUUUUUGCCCCGGGUGCAAAAUGAAGUGUUUCUGGAGGGCAUCAGUCUUAUUCUCCAAGUGAUUGCGAAGGAGUUAAUGGAUAUGGUUACAGUGGAUACCGCACACUCAAAUUUGGCUGCCGUACAAGCUUAUAUACACAAAAGUAUACCACCUACCAAACGAGAUAUAGCCCUACAGUUAACUCUUCAGGUACGUUUAUGA